UUUAUAUUUUUCGUUUCAAAAACAAGAGUGGGACUUUAUUAGAGAGCCAAAGUCCAAGGACGCCUCAUUUUUCAAGUCGCCGCCGUCUUCCGAUUCCGGGCGGUUCGGGUCGUGAUCCGGUUACUCUCAAUCGGAGUUUCUCUAGGGCUUGUGUCACUCUUCUUCUCUCUACUCCAACCUUGCUCCCGCCGCCUCUCUUGUUUCUCUGAAGCUCUCUGGAGCUUGAGACGAAGAAGAAGGCGAGCUUUUGAUCGCAAGGAUGGGUCUUGAACUCAAUUGGGCAACUGAGGAUUAGCAACUGAAAUCACUGAUCAAAAUCACACACCGCAAAUCACCAUUGUGAAGAGAAGUGGUGGUAUUGGAGAGAUUUGUUUAGAUAUGACAAAGACGAAGAGGAACAGGUACGCUGGAGGGGGAGGGUAUAGCGGUGGUGUUUUUGACCCGGCGGGUGGAUAUGAGUGCUCGGGUAGCUCAGGAAGAAUCGACACAGAAGUAACAGUCUCAGAGGGGUCGAGUGCUCCGAAAAGGAAGUGUAUUAGUUUGAAUUCUAAUAAUCGCGACAGUUUCAGAGUGCCCACGCAAGUUCUCCCCUUGUCAAGGAUGUUGUCGUCAGAAAGGAAGGAUUUGAUGAACAGGUUGAGGACGGAGCUUGAACAGAUUCAGGUACUUAAGAAGAGAGUUGAAACACAUAGAAGCAAUGGUGUUGCAGUGUCGUCUUCUAGUGAUAUCCUCAGCUGUAGCAAUGGACCAAAUGGGCUGCAUGUGGAAAAUUUGCAAAAGUCAUCAGCUUUGUCUUCUGGACAGAGGAAAAAAGAGUAUCCUGUGGCUAAGAAAGUGCAUGAGUUGAAUCCCGGCAAUUCUGGUAGGUUCAAGUCGGUCAGUCAGGCUUCAAAACCUAGCACCGCAAGUGUAAUGUUGAUGAACCAAUGUGAGAAGGUAUUGCGACGGGUAAUGACCCAAAAAUGUGCACAUCCAUUUAAUAAACCUGUUGAUAUAGUGGAGUUAAAGAUUCCAGAUUACUUUACUAUUAUCAAGCAUCCAAUGGAUUUGGGUACAAUAAAGAAAAAGCUAACUUCAGGAUCUUAUUCAAGCCCGUUGGAGUUUGCUGCUGAUGUCAGGCUUACUUUUACCAAUGCUAUGACCUACAAUCCACCAGACAAUAAUGUACAUAUAUGGGCUGAUGAUCUUAGUAAAUAUUUUGAACUCUGGUGGAAACCCAUUGAGAAGAAACUUCCAAAGGCGGAUCCACCAGCUAAAUCUGCUCCUCAUGAAGACAUGGAAACUGCCAAGCCAAUCCUCCCCUCAAGAAAGAGGACAAUCACUUCAACGCAACCCGAAGUAAAGUCUGAGCCUGCUAAGCGGGUAAUGUCAAUGGAGGAGAAGCACACUCUGACAAGAGAUUUGGAGUCUUUGCCACCAGAAGAAAUUCCUUCAAACAUCAUUGAUUUCUUGAGAGAACAUAGUUCAAAUGGAAAGGAGAAUCCAGAAGAUGAGAUUAUGAUUGACAUCUAUGCCCUCAGUGAUGAUACCUUGUUUGCACUUCGGAAACUCUUAGAUGAGUAUGUACAAGAGAAAGAAAAGAAUCAUGUGAGGGCAGAGCCUUGUUCAAUGGAGCUUUUGAAUGAUUCAGGGUUGAGCAAUUCAUCCAUGCAGCCAUGUGAAGGGAAUGACCUCGCUGAGGAGGAUGUUGAUAUUGGUGGAAAUGAGCCCCCUGUCACAAGCUAUCCUCCUGUUGAGAUAGAAAAGGAUACAGGCCAUAGAAGCAGUAAAAACAUAAGCCCAAGCAGCUCCAAUGAGUCAGAUUCAAGCAGUUCCGAGAGUGAGAGUGAUGAUGAUUCUAAGGCCUCAAGUCCAGUACUACAACCCUUCAGUUCUGAAACUCAAGCAGAUGAAAAGACAACAGUUGGAAAUCCCCUUGAAGGAACUCAGUCUGACAGUGGGUUGGAUCAAGUUGAACAAACUUCCCAGCCAAAGCCAAGUUCAGUUGAAUCAGAUAGCCGUCAGGAUGGGGACAGUGCUCCCACAGAGAGGCCAGUCUCCCCUGAUAAGCAGCAUAGAGCCGCUCUGUUGAAGCAUCGUUUUGCUGAUACCAUUUUGAGAGCUCAAGAGAAAACCUUUAUUCAGGGUGACAAAGGGGAUCCUGAGAAAUUGCGACGGCAGAGGGAGGAACUUGAACUGCAACAGAAGAAAGAAAAGGCCCGGUUGCAAGCAGAAGCCAAAGCUGCCGAGGAGGCUAGAAGAAAAAAAGAAGCAGAAGCUGUAGCCGAGGCUAAACGGAAGAGGGAGCUUGAGAGAGAAGCAGCAAGGCAGGCUUUGCUGCAGAUGGAGAAGACUGUUGAAAUCAAUGACUCUCGGUUCCUUCAAGAUCUGGAAAUGCAAAUGCUUACAGCUCCCAUGGAGCAGUUACCAAUUUCAGUAGAUGAAACAAGCCCAGAUCAUUCAGAGGAUGGUUUAGGUGGUUUCAACUUCCGGGGCAGUAACCCCUUGGAACAACUUGGCUUGUACAUGAAAAAGGAUCAGGAUGAUGAGGAAGAAGAAGCUGAUCUUGUCGUUCCAAAUCCUGUAGAUGAUAUAGAGGAGGGAGAGAUUGAUUAAGUAAAUGCUACUUUUCUUUUUGCUCGACUUCUGCCUUUGUAUUUAUGAACAAUUCAAGAAGUAAAACAUAGAAUUUUUUUGGGACGAAAACGAUGCUAAAAAAUGUCUAUGCAAUUUUGGUAGUGAAUUGGUAAUCUCAGUCAAGUUGAUUUAACUGGAAAAAU